CCAUCCAGGUGAACAACAUGGAGUUUCUCUCUGACAAUGAAGGGACCACCAGGACUUUGCUUCAUCACGUGCUAGAGACGCAGCCUUUAAGCUCCCCAGUCUCAUCUAAUGCUAGGCCAAGAAGUCUUUCCACAUUUGCAGACAGUCCAGGCCGAGGCCUACGUGCCACUCUGUCUCGAACACUUCUGAGUAAGCAAACAAAGACUCCACCUGCUCAGCCAAAGGACAUUGGGGCUAAUGGUCAGCUCUUUGCUGAGCACUAUGACUUCAUGGAAGAAGGCACACCCAGGAUGCUUCUGAAGAAAAUCCUGCAGACUGCUUCAGAAGCCUCUGUCCUGGUACCUGCACUGAUGAAUUCACAGGAGCCAGAACCUGUUGAGUUACAGGAGGAAAGCAAGUGGAACAGCCUGGAGUUGCAGCUUCCUGAGCCGGAGCCCUCUGUGACUGUAGCGCCAGGGCUACUGGUCCGUAGCAGGAAGAAGCGCCGCCUUAGAGUGUCCGAGUUUGAACAGGAAGUAGACCAAGGACUUGCUGUUGCUUCAGAUCUUGCUGGAGAGCAGCCAGCUUCAGCCAACAAGUCUUCUGUGACCAGGUCUUUUAACCUGACUUUGGCCACAGUGAUGCCCCCUGAGUCUGUAAAGAGGCCUGGCUUGGCCCGAAGGCCUCCAAACCCUAAGACAAUUGACGUGGAAGCAUUUGAACAAGGACUGAAGGAAAUCCCACUGACUCAUCUCCCAGAUUGUCACACUCAUCACAGCGCUACUCCUAUGGAUGGAGAUAGGUCCUUUCAGGAGAGUCCUGACUCCAUAGGCUUCAGGAGAAGCUUGGCAAAGGGUCAGGACCUGAAGGAUGUGACGCAGCCGGCUAACCGAAGAAUGGAGAAGGGUCCUGGGAAACCAGCCAAGUCUGGUACAAAAAGUCCAAGUCAAAAUACUCCCCUCUCUGCCAGCUCCAUGUCUACUAGAACACGAACCAGACGUUGGACAGGAACACCAAGUCAACACAGCGGCUUCUCUGCUUACUCUUUACCUACCAGUAGCAGCAUCUCCAGAGAAGCAAGAGCAAAGUCAGGUGUGGCUCCUCAAGUAGAAGAGGAAGAAGAGGAGAGAUCGAUGGAUGACGAGGCAAAAGAGUCUGAAGAGGACACAGAACUCCCCCAGAGGACCAGUGUGGUUUCAGAACUCAGCAUGAAGACACCAGAAUUUCUCCGGGCCAAGAGAUAUCAUUCCCGUUCACAGCGUACCUCCCCAGUACCUCCUAAUACUAACACCACCCUGUUGCCCUCCAAGCUUACCCGGGCCAAACGUGUUCCCAAGCGCCGUGCCCCAGGCCCUAGGCAACCCCGUGAUCCAGACAAAGCCGGCUUGAAUAAUUAUUGCAAAGUUUUCAGCUUCUAUGCCAAAAUUCCUAUGGAGAAGUCAGCCUCUGAGACCUUGGUGAAGUGCCUGGACCAGUAUUUCAGGACACUUUGUGAUGAUCUAGAGACCUUUGCUCACCAUGCAGGCCGAAAAACUGUGCUGUUGGCUGACUUGGAGCUGUUGAUGAGGCGGCAGGGCCUAGUGACUGAUGAUGUUUCCCUCUAUGUGCUUGUGGAGAGAUACCUGCCCUUGGAAUAUCGGAGGCUGCUCAUCCCUUGUGCAGCCAGUGGCAAUUCUGUCUUCCCUCCUGGCUAGGGAUGCUGUUAUCCCAGCUCCUCGGCUCUAAUUAAGGAGGCGAGCAGGAGCCUUAGGCCGAGGCUCCUUGGAGGCCUCCAGGUAAGGCCUUUCCAAGGGUGGACUCUUCACAUGCUACUGUCAGUGUCAAUAAAAUGUGAUAAAGCCACUUUAAAAAGAUGCUGAUGUGGCUGAGUUGGGGGCCAAAAGCAAAAGCCAACCUUUCCCCUCCCCCCAAAUGGGGGUCUCAUUCCCUUUCAGUCCAUGAAGUAGGCAGGGAGGAUGACUAAGCAGCACAACUGCAGAACCUUAGAACUUGGGAGCUUGGCCCCGAGCCAGUCCAGCCUCUCUGCUGGCCUCUUGCCCAUGGGCAGGCCUUCUACCUGGCCUCCCUUCCUCCACAAUAAUCUUCCUAAUGUACUUCCUCUGCUCUAAAACCUUCAGGAGCUCCCUCUUGUGUACAUGACAAAUCACAUCCUCUUGGUCCUGGCAUCUCAAGUUCUCUGCCCUCUGGCUCAGACCCCAGCAAGUAGCUGUUUUGGUUUUUGAUUGACCAUCUCACACUUCUGUUCUUCCAGGUGAUUCUGUGUCUAGGGAGUGUGUUCUGUCCCUGCAUCUCCGGGAGCCUUUGCUCCAACAUCCUUCUACCUACACAUGAUGCAUUCCCUACUAAGUGGAGGAACUGUGAGGGUGGGGACUGUGGUUUCUGUUGCUGUCUCUCCAGCCAGGACCCAGGGUAUAGCCCAUAGUAAGAAGGUUCUUGUUGGGUUGUUGAUCUGAGCUAAGAUUUAGACCUCCAGGUACUCUUUUUGCCGAUUCCCACGUUGGAAUCUCAGUUUUCCUCUUCUUUCUCCUCUCCUUCCUGUGCACACCAUACACAGUCAUGGAAUGCAAAUUCUUACAAAUAAUAUAUUUGUUUUC